UAGAAUUUUUUAGAUAUGACCAUAUAUAUAAAUGUAUGUGUUCUAUACAGCUCUUUCACUGAGGUCCAUCCACAAAAGGACAAGAAGUACAUUGUUCAUGAGAAACAGUUGCUGGGGCUGUUCAGAAGGUGUCCCGUUUGUACCGGUCGUUGUGUUGUGAACACGACAACAGUCGGCACACUGCUCCGUGUGACACAACGGUGUUCAUGCUGUGAGCACUACAAUGAGUGGUCCAGUCAGCCCAUGGUGAACAGCAUCCCAGCAGGAAACCUCCAGCUCUGUGCUGCUGUCCUUUUCACAGGAUCAUCAUUUAGCCAGAUUUCUAAGUUCCUGGGUGCCUUCAAUGUGCAGGGACUGUCCAAGCAGACAUUCUUUCGACAUCAGGCAAAGCUGUUAAUUCCAACAGUGAGCUGGCAGUGGCAGCUAGAGCAAGCUGAUAUCAUCCAGGAGGCUACUGAAUCUGGACCUGUGACUCUUGGUGGUGACAUGCGAGCUGAUUCACCUGGACACUCAGCCAAAUAUGGCAGCUACACCAUGAUGGAUCUCAAAAGAAACAAAGUUAUUGAUGUCCAACUUGUACAGAGCAAUGAAGUUGGAAAUAGUGUGCGAAUGGAGAAGGAGGGAUUUGUGAGAAGUCUGAGCACACUUUUGGAGAGGGGGGUCGAGGUGCAGCAAGUCGUGACUGACCGCCACACAGGAGUGCAGAAGUAUUUGCGGGAGGAAAAAAAGGAAAUCAGUCACUACUUUGACCCCUGGCACAUGGGAAAAGGAAUUGGUAAGAAAAUCGAAGAGCUGGGGAAGAGAAAGACGACCCAGGAUGUGAGACUGUGGAAGCAAAGUGUGGUGAACCACCUCUACUGGUCGGCAUCCAGUUCCUCCUCAGGACAGGAGGCAGUAGCAAAGUGGACUUCAGUUGCCAACCACAUCCAAAAUGUGCACAGCCAUGACAACGCCCUGUUCCCUAGCUGUCUGCAUGCACCUCUGGAUGGAGAACAGGCAAGACAGUGGCUCAAACCAAGCACAGCAUCAUGUGAGAAGCUCACUGCCAUUCUGUUAGCUCCACGGUUUGUGAAGGACGUAGAGAAGAUAAGCCCUGUGUACCACACAUCCACCUUGGAGGCUUUCCACAGCCUCAUCAUCAGAUUUACUCCAAAAAGUCAGGUCUUCUCCUUCAAAGGAAUGCUGUCUAGAUUACAAAUUGCUGCAAUGCACUAUAAUGAAAAUGCAGCACGCUCACAUGCAGCAACAGCAACUGGUGAGCUGAGAUAUGCUGUAGUGUACCCAAAGUACAAACGUGGAGACUACACAGUGAGAGCCCUGAAGACCAAUCCAACCUCAUGUAUGUCAGAUAUUGUAUGAUAAAACCAAAAUGAU